UUUUAGAAUUGUGCGAAAAUGGCUUUUAUGAAAUGAGUAAAACUGAUUAUGGAAAGGCUUGGAAGUUUAUCAAAUUAGUUUCUGAAUAGUUUAUUUUAUUGGGAAUAAAUUGGUUUUAACAAUGGAUAUUAAGGACGAACAAUCGGAAGUUAUUUUAUAUUCCUAUUUAGACUGCGAUGAUCAAGAAGUCUGUAAUGAAAGAAAGGAUGUCGAUGAUGAUCAUAAUGAUGCAAAUGUUAAGCAGGAUGUUAAAACUCAUGAAGCUGCACACGGACAAAAGAUUUUGAGGAUAACCAAAACAUCUGAUGAAGUUUCGAAAAAACCUUACAAAUCAAUUGAGUUAAAAACGCAAGCUGUUAAGAAGUUAUUAAACAACGAAUAUGAAAACGAUUUUGAAAAGUUACGAUGGAUAAUGAAUUACUUGUUAUCAGAAAAAUUGGAGAAAGUUCUACGAAUUUCUGUUGUUAAAAAUCUCACAUAUAAUCAAAUGUUAAAAUGUAUUAAACCAUGUCUGUGUUACCUGAUAUUCAUGGAUUUUGGGCGUUAUUAUGUACGAGAGAUAAAGAAGUUUAAAUUUCCUAAAUUGGGAUUUUCUUCUCAGUCAAACGAAGACGUGAUCGAAACAUUUUAUUCUUCCAUCAUCAACUAUGUCGUGCCUGUUUUAAAAUUAAUGAAAGCGUCGAAAAUAAAUAAAUCGUUGAAUCGCUUACAGUUGUGUGUUUUCCUCAAAGCAGGAAGCGAAGAUAAAGACAUCGAACGUUUAUGGAAAACCGAACACACAAAAUUAAUUAAGCCGAAUUUUACUCCAGUGGAUGUCAUGCUAGUCAAUGAACUUUAUUACAAAUUACAUUUAGUCAUGGAUUGUCUACAAAAAACUACAAUAUUAAACCUUUGUUACGAUUCAGAAGAAUUAAUUUUCGAUCAAUCAUUAUAUUUAAACGAAAAUUCUAACCAUUUCACAAAGGAUGAGGAUGAAUGCAUGUUUAAUAUGAGCCUUUAAAUACAUCAAAAUUUUUAAAUUUUUAUCUAGAAAAAUCGAAUCAUCAUCAUGUCAAAAGAAGUCUGUGAAGAUCUUGAAGGUUUAAAUGCAUCAAAUUUGAAACUAUUGAUAAUUCUUCAUUUUAGAACCAGUUUAGUUAAAAUUCUUGAUAUUGUUAUAUGUUGUUUUCAGUACGAAUGACCUUUCUACAAGGCUAAAAUUGUUUGUUUUAUUAAGAAUUUUAAUAUAAAUUUUUAAAAUCAAAAUUUUAAUGUUAUAAUUAUGAAGUAAAUGGAACUUCGAUG